AUGCGUACAACUCAAAUUUUGCUGGUUCAGCUGUGGGGUUACAAGUCUCCAGAGCCACCAAAGUUGGUUGAAAUCAUAACUACUGCUCCAAUUUUCCGGGCUAUUAUGGGAAGGAAGAAGAAGAAGAAGAAGAAGAAGAAGAAGAAGAAGAAGAAGAAGAAGAAGAAGAAGAAGAAGAAGAAGAAGAAGAAGAAGAAGAAGAAGAAGAAGAAGAAGAAGAAGAAGAAGAAGAAGAAGAGAUAG